AUGGAACAGGCGAACCAGACCCAGACCACAGUAAAGGAGUUCUUCAUUGUGAACUUCCCAGGGCUCGACUUUCAGUACUAUAAGCUGAUGGGCGCGAUCUUCUUCCUGAUCUACAUGACCACCGUGGUGGGGAACUCCCUCCUGGUGGCGCUGUUCUUCAUCGAGCGCCGGCUCCAGAAGCCCAUGUACAUCAUCAUGCUGAGCCUGGCCCUGUCCGACAUCGGCUUCUGCACCGUAGCCCUGCCCAAAGCCAUCGGCCGCUACUGGCUAGACGAUGGCGCCAUCCCCUUCCACGUCUGCUUCUUCCAGUACUUUCUGAUCCACUAUUUUGGGACGCUCAACUCGCUGAUCCUGCUGGCCAUGUCGCUGGACCGCUACCUGGCCAUUUGCUUCCCUCUGCGCUACCCGACGCUCAUGACCAACCGCACCAUGGGGGCGCUAACCGGCUUCUCCUGGGUGUCUGCCGCGGUGUCCCCAGGCAUCUCCGUCGGCAUGACUGCCCGGAUGCCUUUCUGCGGGCCCAACCGGAUCAUCCACUGCUACUGCGACAGCGUGUCCACCACCUCCCUGGUGUGCGCUGACACGCGGCAGGUCUUCAGUGUGUCUGUGGCCCUGGCCAUGUUCGUGCUCCUGGUGCCACUCAUCUUGAUCUUACUAUCUUACAUCAGCAUCAUCGUGGCGGUGCUGAAGAUAGCCGACGCCCAGGGCCGCUACAAAGCCUUCUCCACCUGUGCUACACAGGUGUGCAUCAUCAGCAUAUACUACCUGCCCCGCUUUGGAGUCUACCUGAGCUCCCUAGUCUCCUUCGUAAAGAUCAGCCCAGAUUUGCGGAUCAGUCUCACACUCUUCUAUAGCCUGUUCCCUCCCUUAAUUAAUCCCCUCAUAUACUGCUACAGGACCAAGGAGAUCAAGGACAUUUUAUACAAAUGGUUUUGUCAAAGGAAUGUCGUUAGUCAGACACGUAUAGUCACGACUGUUUCCAAAUAAAAACAGGCAGUUUGAUCCAAAAUAUCAAUUCUGACUGACAACACAUACUGUAGUGUGUGUGUGUCGAUGUGUGAUGCCAACAAAUGGCUAUUUUCGAAUUCAUUUUGAUGAUUGUUAAACUAGCUAAAAUGUGAAGAAAUAAAUGUUCAUUCUUUAUUCAGAUUUAUUAAAUAUACAACAUUUAUUUAAAAAUAUAAUAUGGUAACAUAUAUUAAGCUAUAUUUUAGCAUUUGAAAUGCAACUAAAUGCAAGUUUGUAUAAUUUUGUAGAAAACACUGAAUAAAUGUAUGUAAUUUAAAGCUGCUUUUUUCUAUAGUUUUCAUUUGUGUAUUUCUUUAUAGAAAGCUUGUUGUACAUUCCUUUAUUCAUAAAAAAUUAACAUUUCAUUGAAUAAGCUGCAUCUUCUGUGUUGAUCAGUGAAAAAAUAAUCAAAUCUGUUUUGGUGAUUUAUUUUGUGAGGGGGGGGAUACAUUUAUCUGUGCACAACCAGGUGCUUUCUGUUGUGAAUGGGGGUGCCAAUAUUCGUGUUGGAAUGGAAUACACUGCUAAUAUAUUGAAAUAAAAUAUGUCAGUAACACCAGAAAACAUGGGUCUACUGGGUGGCAAAUCAAAUCCUACUUAGGGCCCCACACUAGAGCUGGCACUGCUCACAAUAUUUUUUAAUAUAUAUUAUAG